UAAAGCUUCAGAUGAGAAUCAUUAGUGAAAAAGUUGUGCAUCGGUAGUCAACCAUAUAAGUUCAAUUUUUGGCGCAAGAAUAAUACAUCUGCUCAUUGGACUUUUGUAGUUGAAAAAUGUUGGUCUUGAUAAUCAUGAUUUCGGCCCUUCUGUCAAUAGAAUCCUGCAGGGCACUAGUAAUGACCAAGGUGGACAAACCGGAGAUUAAAAUAAUUCCCGAUACAAUGGUCACCGAGGGCGACACUGGGACCCUGCAGUGUCACGUGACCAGCAAGACUCGACCAGUCAUACAGUGGUUUAAGAAGAUGGAUGAUGCAUUGUUAACCCCCCCUACUGCAUUUGACUUGAACGGUCAACUCUUUACCGUCCUGAAAUCCGGACAAAUGGAGGAAGGCCCAGGGAACGUGUACUCGAGUCCUCUUGUCUUAGAGUCUGUAACAGAGGCAGACGAGGGGCUGUAUGCCUGUUUGGCUUCCAACAGGUUUGGAUUCAGUCAGCAGUUCACCAACUUGUACAUCACAUCUGUACUGUCCACAACGCCAACGUCCAAACUUGUGUAAUUUGUUGAAAUAUUAAAUAAAAUU